UUUCAGAAGUCCGUCCUGGGAGGAGGUGGUGGCGAGCGGUUCUGCGGCCCAGAAAAAUCCUGCAAAAAUGUCUCUGUAUCCAUCUCUUGAAGACCUGAAAGUAGACAAAGUAAUUCAGGCUCAAGCUGCCUUUUCUGCAAACCCUGCCAACCCAGCAAUUUUGUCAGAAGCUUCUGCUCCCAUUGCUCAAGAUGGAAGUCUCUAUCCUAAACUGUAUCCGGAGCUCUCUCAGUACAUGGGCCUGAGUCUAAAUGAAGACGAAGUACGUGCAAAUAUGGUCAUGGUCCUUGGAGAACCAGUGCAGGGGUUGGUUGUAAGACCUUCCAGUGUGAACUAUAUGGUGGCUCCUGUAACUGGUAAUGAUGUUGGAAUUCGAAGAGCAGAAAUUAAGCAAGGGAUUCGUGAAGUUAUUUUGUGUAAGGAUCAAGAUGGAAAAAUUGGCCUCAGACUUAAAUCAGUAGAUAAUGGUGUAUUUAUCCAGCUAGUCCAAGCUAAUUCUCCAGCAUCAUUGGUUGGUCUGAGAUUUGGGGAUCAAGUACUCCAGAUUAACGGUGAAAACUGUGCAGGCUGGAGCUCUGAUAAAGCACACAAAGUGCUCAAACAGGCUUUUGGAGAAAAGAUUACUAUGACUAUUCGUGACAGGCCCUUUGAACGGACUAUUACCAUGCAUAAGGAUAGUUCUGGACAUGUUGGCUUUAUAUUCAAAAAUGGAAAAAUAACAUCCAUAGUGAAAGACAGCUCUGCAGCCAGAAACGGUCUUCUCACAGAACACAACAUCUGUGAAAUCAAUGGACAGAACGUCAUUGGUUUGAAGGACUCUCAAACUGCAGACAUACUCUCAACAUCUGGGACUGUAGUUACUAUUACAAUCAUGCCAGCUUUUAUCUUUGAACAUAUUAUUAAACGGAUGGCACCAAGCAUUAUGAAAAGCCUGAUGGAUCACACCAUUCCUGAAGUUUAAAGGUCAAGUCAUAAUGGAAACUUAGCUGAACUACUCCACUGCAGUUUACUUCUUCAGCAACUUCUGUAUUAUGCACAUAAAGCUUUCCAGGAGCCAAGGAGCAUAUGCUGCAUGGAGAUCUCUCUGUCUUACAUAUGGCUGGGAAUCUUACUGUAAGAUCUGAUAUCUUGUUCAUACUUCAAGAUAGUUGUAGCCUUAUCCUGGUUUUACAGAUGUGAAACUUUCAAAAGAUGUACAGACUUUCAUAGAAUAGUUUAUCUACUGGAAACUUGAUGCUUUGUACAAGCCAUUAAGAUGAUGAUAGGCUCUUCCUUUUGUGUUCGAACCAGUCACCUUUAUAUAGUGAGUCCUGAUCCUAUUACUUUAUACUUUAUUUCUGUGUUGCCAUAUUAUACUUAGAAUGAUUGCCUUUGAUAAUUUUUUUCCUAGUUCUGUUUAUCUGGGUAUGUGUGUGUUUGUAAGACGCUAAUUAA